UGUUUAAAAAUUUUAAAUUUUUACUAUUUUUUCGGCGUUUUGUCCAAAAGUCCUGAAAUCGAGUCUUUUAAUUCAGCAUGCCAAUAUGGUUAUCUAGUAUUAAUGAAGUCUACAAGAAAGAUAUUACUCUGUUGCGCAUUUUAGUCAUUUUGAUUGUAUUUCAAGUCGCAAGCUCCGUUAAAGUUCCGCUCUAUAAUGAGUCUCGUUUACCGACAACUAUCACGCCCUUUCACUACGACAUAAGGUUAAUAACUUACCUGGAUAGCCCGUCCAACCUGCGUUACCAUGGUUCCGUGAAUAUUUCCCUACAUGCUCAAAAAAAUACCAAUCAAUUGGUGCUCCAUGUGGCCAAUAUUUUUGUGGAAGCCCAGAAAAUAAGGCUGCAUGGCGAGGCGUCGGAUUAUCAGCUAAUGAAUGUCAUGUUCAAUAAAGAUCGGGCAAAUAUGGUCUUAACAUUCGACAAGUCCUUAAGGAUGGGAAAGUCCUAUAUACUAACUAUUGCAUUCGGUAGAUCAAUGUCGAAGGAAAAGAAGGAUGGUUACUUUGUACUUCACUAUGUGAAUGCAAGGACCUCGGAGAAAAUUUGGUACUCCGUCUCUCAUUUCGAUCGGAACUUGAUUAGGAAUACCAUGCCCAGUUUCGAUGAGCCCGCCUUAAGGGCCACCUUUAAUGUGACCAUGGGCCAUCACAGGCGAUUCCAAAGCUACAGCAACAUGAAUGUCCGUGCUGUGCUGCCCAACCAUGAACUACAGGACUACGUGUGGUCCGUGCAUGAGGUUACUCCCUUGAUGCCCACCCAUUUGCUGGCCUUAUCAGUGAACAACUUCACCUGUCGAUUCACCCAGGCGGCCAGUGCAUAUCCUGUCCGCUUUCGCACCUGCUCCAAAUCGGCUGAUGUGCGUGAGACCUCCUUUGCCGCCGAAGUGGCUCCCCAGCUGCUCACGUUCCUGGAUGAGCUGCUGCAGGUGCGCCUGCCGCUGGACAAGAUCGACCAGCUGGUGGUGGACAAUUUCCCCAGUUCCGCCGUGGAACAGCUCGGCCUGGUCGUCUACCGCAGCAAGGAGAUCCUUAAACGCGAGGAUGGCCCAAUGUCGAGGGCCAAAAUGCAGGCGCUCCUGCUGAUUGCUCACGAAAUGGCCCACAUGUGGUUCGGCAAUCUGAUGGGCAUCGACUGGUGGUCGGAUCUCUGGCUGAAGGAGGGUCUAACCGGCUACUUUGAGGCCCUCGCCGUGGAUCAUUUGCAGCCGGGAAUGGGUCGUCGAUUGCUUCUGCGCCAUCGCGAAAUGGCCUUCAUGUACGAAUCGCAGGUGGCCGGCAUGUCCUUGGUGCCCCUCUUCCCGCCCGCCAGUCCAGAGUCGGAGGAGCACCUCUACCAGAAGGCCACCUCGCUGAUGGGCAUGGUGAACGGCUUCCUGGGCAACGCCACUUUCUACGACGGACUCCAGCGGCACCUGUGGCAGAACUCCUUCGCCAGCAGUACCCCCGAUCUCUUCUGGCGAUCGCUGCAGUUGGCCAGUGAAAGGGAGUCUUUCGAGACCAAGAACUGGAACGUAAAGGGCAUUAUGGACACGUGGAUCAUGCAGAAGGGAUAUCCACUGGUCACAGUUAUCAGAAAGGGGAGUAAGGUAGUCCUGGUCCAAAGCCACGCCCUCAAUGGAAGCAGGACUGAGCUCUGGUGGAUUCCCCUGACUUACUUCAUCCAAAACGAGGCCUCCUCCAGAGACCUCAGGCCGAGGGCCUGGCUCAGUGCACAAAAUCAAAGCGUACAACUGGAGGAGGAUGUGCCCCAAGACCAUUGGAUCCUUCUCAAUCUCCGGGCCGUUGGCUACUACAGGGUCAACUAUGACGAACUCACCUGGCAGCUAUUGGCAACCACGCUUUUCGAUGACUUCCGCAGCAUUCACGUCCUUAACAGAGCCCAAAUCGUCAGCGAUAUAUUUUUCCUGUGGAACCACGAGCUAAUCAGCUGGAGCACCGCCUUAAAUGUCCUUAAGUAUAUAGUCGAUGAGGACGAGUAUGAGCCCCUGAUGGCGUUCGUUGUGGGCGUGACACAUGGCAUUUGGGGCGUCUCCCCGGAAAGUUCCUUUAACAUUGCGAAAUGGCUGGGUAUUGCUGGCAGAUGGUAUGCUGAGUUCAUCAGUUACACGUUCGACAAAUUUGUGCUCAAGGAUGUGAAUCUGAAUAGCCUCGACUACCCGGACUAACCGCCAUUCAAGAGCCACAAAUUAAUGGGCCAGACCAGAUCCACACCCAUUUCCCCAAUCAGACUACUUCUUCGGUGGAUGGCGAAAUGAAACCGCCAUCAAUGAACCGCAAUUGUAUUUGUUUGCAAAUAACUGAGCGUUAUCUGAGACUAUUUAUCUUUAUCUGCAACAACAGCAGAAGCAGCUCCGCAGAAUGCCAAAGGACUCGGGAAGGAGCAGCCACUGGUAACUGGGGCUCCACUUACAACACGGCCAGUGCCAAGGCGCCAACUGAAAUAAUGAUGCAGGCGAAAUAACAAUAAAGGCGGAGCCGCGAACUGUGGACUGAGAACUGGGCAGGAAUAAAGGACAGUAUCGAUGCUCCUUUCCGCAGUGGUAAAGACAAUGCCAGACCCCUAAUACUGCAGCAAUUUCCAUGGCGAUGCGAAUGCAAUGGACUCCUCCUGUUCACCAAAUCACUUCAACGACCGGAAGGUUAAAGUCUUCAGAUGGCUUUAAGGUCAAUGCAAAAUGCUAAGGAGAAACUUAGUCGUGAAAUUGUAAAGUAAUGUACCAUAAUUUAAAAACUUAUUUAGUAACAUUAUCCAAUUAUACAAAUAUUUAAAACUAAAGCAAAAUUG